GUCCGUUUGGUUUUCCACGACGGUUGCCGCUGGCAACGGGUAGCGACGCAUUCACCGCGGGGUGGACGCCAUUUUUAAUUCCCGUUAAAAAUAUGCGCAUUAACACGCGACUCUGAGGUAAAUUCAUCAAAGUUUCACGUCCUCUUCACUCCCCCCCCACCCCAAUGUGUGCAAUUACUAUUAUAGGGUCGGUAGAUAAUAAAAUUAUAGCGAUUAGACAGUAUUAUUGUAGCGCGGGGGGGGGGGGUAGCAGCCCAUCUGUGUAUAUAUGUAAGGUUAUUAAGAAACAUAUUUUUCACCCGGGCAACGCCGGGUACUUAUGCUAGUAAAAUAUAAAAAUGUAAUAAAAGACAAAAAAAUAAAUUAACAAAUAAAUAAAUAAUGCCCCCGUUGACAGGAAGAGGGAAAAAAAUCCCCUCCCCCCACAAUUUGGCGCCCUUUGCACGACGCGACCCGGCUGAGAGUGACGCGUGGCGGGAAGAAGACAAGAGACCCCCACGCGCUUGGCAUGCGAGAGGUGGCGGGAUCGAUUCCCGCAUCUUCCAAGGCCAAGCCGGCUUGAGCUGCUCUACCGCUCUUGUUCUCAGAAGCUACCUGCCCACAACGCAAGGGCAAACCCGGGAGAUCCGGAGGAAAAUCCACGCGACCACGGAGAGAGAGACACGCAAACUCCAAAUAUACAGCAGCAGCAGGCGCCAAGGCCGGGAUCGAACCCACGACUUCCUGCAUACCAGAAUUGGUCUAAUGGAGCAAAGGCAGUCAGCACAGCUCGGUACGGCAAGGCAACAAUGCGACCAGAGUGCAUACAGCACGGAUCGCACUGGAAAUUUGACACAGCACCAGAGAACACACACAGGAGAGAAACCCUUCAAGUGCACUGUGUGUGGGAAGGCAUUUCCACUGUCAUCUGUUCUUAAAAAACACCAGAGAACACACACGGGAGAGAAACCCUUCAAGUGCAGUGUGUGUAGCAUGGCAUUUUCACAGUCGUAUCAUCUUGAAAAUCACAAGAGAACACACACAGGAGAGAAACCCUUCAGGUGCUUUCUGUGCGGGAAAACGUUUGCAAAGUCACAAACUCUUCAAAGACACCAGAGAACACACACGGGAGAGAAACCCUUCAAGUGCAGUGUGUGUGGGAAGGCAUUUUCACAGUCACAUAAUAUUGUAAUACACCAGAGAACACACACUGGAGUGAAACCUUUCAGGUGCACGAUUUGCGGGAAGGCGUUUGCACAAGCAUCCGUUGUUCAGGCCCACCAGAGAACACACACAGGAGAGAAACCCUUCAAGUGCACUGUGUGUGGGAAGGCAUUUUCACGGUCAUCUUCUUUUAAAAAUCAUCAGAGAACACACACAGGAGAGAAACUCUUCAAGUGCACUGUGUGUAGCAAGGCAUUUUCACAGUCAUCUGCUCUUAAAAAUCACCAGAGAACACACACGGGAGAGAAACCCUUCAGGUGCUUUCUUUGCGGUAAGGCGUUUACACGGUCAGAACAUCUUCAAAGACACGAGAGAACGCACACGGGAGAGAAACACUUCAAGUGCCGUGUGUGUGGGAAAGCGUUUGUGGAUUCAUCUACUCUUCAGCUUCACCAGAGAACACACACAGGAGAGAAACCCUUCAAGUGCACUGUGUGUGGGAAGGCAUUUGCAUGGCCAUCAGUUCUUCAGAUCCACCAGAGAACACACACAGGAGAGAAACCCUUCAAGUGCAGUGUGUGUGGGAAGGCGUUUUCACGGUCAUUUGCUAUUAAAACACACAAGAGAACACACACGGGAGAGAAACCCUUCAAGUGCAGUGUGUGUGGGAAGGCGUUUGCACAAUCACCACAUCUUCAAGCACACCAGAGAACACACACGGGAGAGAAACCCUUCAAGUGCAGUGUGUGUGGGAAGGCAUUUUCACAGUCAUCUUCUCUUAUAAAACACCAGAGAACACACACGGGAGAGAAACCCUUCAAGUGCACUGUGUGUGGGAAGGCAUUUUCACGGUCAUCUUCUCUUAAAAAACACCAGAGAACACACACGGGAGAGAAACCCUUCAAGUGCAGUGUGUGUGGGAAGGCAUUUACACAGUCAUCAAAUCUUAAAAAACACCAGAGAACACACACGGGAGAGAAACCCUUCAAGUGCAGUGUGUGUGGGAAGGCGUUUUCACGGUCAUUUGCUAUUAAAACACACAAGAGAACACACACGGGAGAGAAACCCUUCAAGUGCAGUGUGUGUGGGAAGGCGUUUUCACGGUCAUUUGCUAUUAAAACACACAAGAGAACACACACGGGAGAGAAACCCUUCAAGUGCAGUGUGUGUGGGAAGGCAUUUUCACAGCCAUCUUCUCUGAUAAAACACCAGAGAACACACACGGGAGAGAAACCCUUCAAGUGCAUUCCGUGCGGGAAGGCGUUUACACAGUCAGAACAUCUUCAAGUCCACCAGAGAACACAGACGCAUCAGAAUAUCCACAAGGAGUGGAGUCUGAAAUCAGCUUGUGAAAGUCAAAGUGCCGCAAUGAGCCCAUCCCUCGUGAAACAAGAACCGGAAGAAAAUCCCAGCUUGGACACUUUUAAAGGUAAUGAGGUGAAAUAUGAAGAGGUGAAGGUGAAAUAUGAAGAGGUGAAGGUGAAGAGCGAAGAAGUGAUGGUAAAAUGUGAAGAUGAAGAUUCAACUCCAGAAUGGGACCUUCACAUCGAUGGAGGCAACGUGAAGCAGGAGGAGAAUUCUGACUGAGGCAGAGUGAGGCAACUCCAAGCAUCUUC